AUGUCUGACAAGUUUGACAACAUCCUCAACUUCCGUGACGUAGGCAAGACAACAAACGACUUUCUUGGCAAAAAGUGCGUAUACACAUCAUCGUCGUCACCACCGCCACCACCAACACCGCGCCACGAUGCAACGCUCUCAGACCGCGCCAAGCUCAAGGAGCACUACAGGAUCCGGACGGUGAUGGACCUGCGGACCAAGACGGAGCACCUGAAGCAGUCGCAGAAGCGGGCGGCGGACCUCAAGGUGCCGGCGCUGCUGCAGUCCAACGCGGCGCUCGCGGAGCCCGUGCAGAUCCCCGGGCUACGGUACCUGGAGAUCAAGGUCACGGGCAAGAAGUUCGAGAACCACAUGUUGAAGCAGUUGGGCUGGAGGAGUUACAUGAAACUAGUAUCGCUUUAUCUGACCGGGUACCGCAUCGAAGCCAUCCGGAUCAUUUCGCAGGAAGUGAUGCUUCCGCGGGGACUGGUGGGCAUGGGAGAGGACACGCUGGACCAGUCCGGGAGCGAGAUCGCGGAGGCCCUCCGAGCAUUCCUCCAGCCCCAGUCCCUCCCACUACUGGUGCACUGCACACAGGGCAAAGACCGCACCGGUCUGACUGUCGCGUUAUGUCUUCUGAUCAUGCAUGUGCCGUUGGACGCCAUCACGCACGACUACUUGCUCACGCAGACGGCGCUGACACGGGAAGCGCCGCCACAGGAGAUGGAGGCGAGACUGGCUGAGAUCGCUGAGAUCGGGUUGACGCCCGAGUGGGGAGAUUGUCCGCCAGAAUUCGUGAGGAAAAUUGCGGAGCACCUGAACGAGAGAUAUGGCGGUGUUGAGAAGUAUUUGGACGGGAUUGGGUUCGGGGAGGCGGAGAGGAGGAAGUUCAUUGAUGUCUUGAGAGCAUGA